CAUUACGUAAACCCGGAAGCCAGUUUGGCACGAAAUGUAAAAACAUUACACUCAGAUUACGAUAAACGUUUAUCAGGCAAUGGAAAUGACUGGUGAGUGAACGGAAAAUGAUGGAUGGUGAUGAAGGGGGACGUACAUUAGCUGGCUGGUUGGAAAGUCUUGAUCUGACACAGUAUAUCCAGAACUUCCGUGAUGUUGGGAUCUAUAAGCUUCAGGACUGUGUGACCUUGGACAGUGAUUUCCUCAAUGAUAUCGGCAUCAACUUACUCGGCCACAGGAAGCGAAUCCUUGAACAUCUGCCCUUGAUUAACAUUGACAAAUAUCAUGAAGAGCGCAACCGGGCCAAGUCUGUACGAACACUGCCAGCAAAUCAGGAUUCUCAUUUUACUUACCCAUCUCCUAGUAAGGGGGAGGUAACUACAGAGAUUGUUCUACCAAAGAGGAGCAUGAGUGAAAAGAAGGCAAACCUAUCACAUAUGUCACAUACAGCUGGUUUGCAGAAGGAACUCCCUCCCAUAUCCCCAACCACACCUACAGAUCCUCCUCAGAGGUGCUCUCCUCAAAAUGUAGCACUUCCCAUCCGUGUCAAAAGUCCUCCACCAAAUGCAAUUAUGGCAACAGAAAGACAAGCCCCUAUUACAACUCCUCCAGUUCCUGCCAAGCGAGGAGAAGUUCCGGCUCUCUUGCAGGAAACGGAGAAACCAAAGGCAAAACCUGUACCAAAACCACGUAAAACUUUACAGAAUAAGCAAAAGAUGUCCACUUCAAUGUCUGUGUUGCCAUCACAGUCUGACUAUUCCACUCCCGGUCUGACACGACAAUCUGUUUCUAUCUCAGGUAUGACCUUUGAAGAAACCUCUGACUUCUCCACUGACCCAUUUGAACCUUCAAAAUCAAUGCCCAUGGAUGUGUCCUCACCAUAUCAGUCAGGAGAAGGAAGUGGUUUGUCUGCAUCUACAACUCCACUGGAUCUAGAUUUAAGCUUUGUUCCAGGGAAUUCUUGUAAACCUGACAGGAAAACAAUGAGUGAAGUUUAUGUAAAUGUUGAAAUUUCUAAUGACAAUACUGAUGAGAACAUUCAUCCCAUAAGACAUGUCGCAUGUGAUGACAGUGAUGAUAUAAAUCACCAUGGUAACAACAUUGAUAAUGAAUAUGCUAAUGUGGAAGUCAGCCACCCAGAAGCUAGUAUAUAUGAACCUAUAUGGUUUGGGAAAAGUGAACCAAAGACAACCAAAUCUGUGACCAGUUCUGCUACGUCUGAUGUGCUUAGAUCCUCACCUGGCAGUAAUACUAAAUUAUCUCCACAUAUAGACACUGUUGUUCCUCUGCCAGGAAAUGAUGCUUUUGGACACUCCACAAGUACGAGCAUCAGAGAGUCACCAUCUUCAGUGACCUCUAACACCUUUGAAUCAUUUGAGGCAGUAGAUGGUGGUGGAUAUGUUAAUGUUGAUCUUCCCAAACCUCAUAAGAUUAGCACUAUCGCCUCAAAUACCUUCUCUACACUCUCCGAGCAGGAUUUAGACUUCUUCACAAAGGAUACCCCUCCGGCUUGUUCUUCUAGCACUACAGAUGUGAUUGGAGCCUCCAGACCUCAGACUGAUACACAGUUAAAUCUGAACACCAGUGGUAACAGUGCAGGAUCACCUGAUGCUUCAUUUGAAAUGCCGCCCCCAGAUUUUCCUCCUCCUCCUCUGCCUCCGACCCCUCCACCAACAGAUGAUCUGUCUUUAUUUGAUCCCCUGGCAAACAAAUCUCAGUCUACUUCCCAUCCCGAGAUUCCAAUGCCCCCUGUUCCACCUCGAGUGUCUACAACAUCCUCAAGUUCUGGCUAUGUAAAUGUAGUGCCUGGACAGACGGCACCACCUGGUGGUAACCCUGGUAACACUGGACAAUCAAUGGAAUCCCCUUGGCCUUCUGUCCAGAGUGACUUACCACCAGAACUGUGCUUCACACCAAAUAAAGGAAAACCAUUUACCACACAGAUCAACAUGAUUGAUUCCUCCGAAUACUGCUUUGCUAAUUAUAACAAAACACCUUCAAAACCCAAACUACAUGAUGAUAUGAAGCUACCAUCUUUGUCCACUCCAGGGCCAGAUCCCUUCAAAGAUGACGACCCCUUCUCUGAGUUUGGAGAAGAAUGUGCCAUGUUUAACCAGGGUGGUGAUGAUUUGAGCAGGAAUGAUAAUGUUCACUCAGUCAAGGGAGAUAAUUCUGGUGGUGUUUAUGAAUUUGCUCAGGAAGAUGAUUCUAGCGAUUUUGAUCCAUUUGGUUUAAAAAACAGUAAUCAGGGAGCGACAAGUGGUGCCUCUGAGUGGACAAGCUCAGCUAGUCCAUACACGCUCAACGAUAUCCCACCCCCUCCUCGAUGGGACAAAGCUUUGGACGAUCCCGGGAGGCUGUAUUCCAUGGCAUAUGGAUAUAACGACCAAAGCACUGAUGAGUCCAUGUCUGACAUAGAUGAACCAGAAUCUGGAGAGGGAGGAACUCUGCCAGUGAUACUGUCCAGUCCUGUGUCUAGGCCAAUAUCCAUUGUAUCAGAUGACGAAAUACUGCAUCAAAACAAAGGUGAAAGGGCAGGCUACCUGUACAAGCAGGGAGGACAGAAAGGCAACAAAGGCUGGAGAAAGAGAUGGGUUAUAUUCGAUGGGAAGUCUGUACGCUACUAUUCCAAUGCAAAGAGCCAGGUUUCCAAGAGAAUUGUACCUGUUACGUGUAUGACCGAGGUUACGACCCAGAUAAAGGCUAAUGACACAGGCAAGUUCAAGUUCAACGUGGAGACAAAGACCAGAACUUUUCAGUUUGCUGCGGAAACGUUAGAUGACUGUACCCACUGGUGUAGCUGUUUAAUGGCCGCUAUCAUAGCCAAGCCUCCAGCCGAAGCCUGCCUGGAGGGUGGGGACAUGAACCAUCCUGACAAAACGGGGUCUAUUCGGUUUGAGAGGUACCGGCGGAACCUGUAUGUGGUGUUGAAGGAUGGCCGUAUGUGUUACUACAACAGACCAGAGGAUUUUAAGAUAGCAUCCCCAAUCCACGAGAUAGAAAUGAAGCUUGCAAGUGUGAAGGAGUUACCAAGGAACAAAUUACGCCUGGCCACUCAUUACACACAGUUUGUGUUAACCUGUGAGUCAUACGAGGAUUCUGUUAUGUGGAGGAUGGCAAUGGAGGAGUCGAUAGCUGAUGCUUUAGGGGAUAACACAAUCUUGGACCAGAUCAGAGAGAACCCCAGUAACCAUCAAUGUGCUGACUGUAGUGCUCCAGAUCCACACUGGGCAUCCAUUAAUAUGGGCAUUGUGUUGUGUAAACAGUGUGCAGGUAUACAUCGUAAAUUUGACCUGAAUGUGUCAAAAGUACGGUCACUACGAAUGGACACUUCGGUGUGGUCUCCAAGUCUUAUUGAGAUGAUGAAACAGAUAGGAAACUAUAAUGCCAACCUUUUCUGGGAAAAACACCUGCGAGCCAAGAAUUGUUUUAAUCAAGACAUGGAACCAGCACAGCGAAAACAACAUCUGGAGAAAAAGUACGAGGAAAGGAAAUACAUUGAUAAACAUCCACUCAGUGACAACAAACACUCUCUUAAUGAGGAGCUCCUGAAGGCCGCCUCCACAGCUGAUAUCCUCCUCACUAUGAUGCUGAUAUUCUCUGGAGCAGAUGUGAAGUGUAUAAAACCAGGCAGCCAGGAGGAUACAGCCUUCAGCAUAGCUAAGGCAGCUGGCCAGAGACUGCAGAUGGAACUGCUGUACCAGAACGGUGGUGACUUAUCAGCAGCCCGACUCUGUGAGGAACCAGAUAAGGCUCGGGAGUCUAAAAUCAGGUCUGAUGUCCGCACACAAGGUUUCCUACUGAAGACAGGCAGCGAUAAGAAAGAUUUUCUAAAGAGGUUUUGUGUACUGGAGCAUGGCUGUAUGCGAUACUUCACAAAUGAAAAAAGUGGGACAGCUAAGGGUGUUAUUGACCAUGAGAACAUGCUGUGUGUCCAGGCUACUCCUACUGACCGGUCCAUACUGAGUAUCAAGGCACCCCUAAUAAACCAAAAAAUGGAGAUCACCAACAGGUACCCAGAGGCCUUUGAGCUCAGUACCACAAUGUCAACAGGCAGUCGAGUAUAUCUGUUUGCUGCAGCUUCACCUGAGGAAAAGAUCACAUGGAUGAGGAAAAUAUCGGAGUUGAUCUGUCCACUGCCAUUGAUGGAGGAUGUACGACAACAGGAGUUCAGUUUGGCGGGCAAGUUUUACAUGAAGGAAGGACUGCCAGCGGCAUGGUAUGAGACAUGGGUCAUGAUCAGCAAAAAGGUGGUGUUAUAUACAGAUAGGGACAUGAAGUUAAUGGAUGAUGUGGACCUUAGGAAAGCAGUUAAAAUCAAAUAUCAUGAUAGUGAUGCAGUGAGCAGCGGUGCGUCCUGUAAAGAGAAUGGGAAACACUUUGUCCUUGAUCUACCUGGUGGCAGAGCGUUGUACUUCCAGGCAGACUUAGUAAAGGACACAGAGAGAUUAUUCAAUGCAAUAAGUAAUUUGAUGAGGUCUGGUGGGGAUACACUAGUCGACCAACAACUGACUUCAGAUGACGUACCUGUGAUAGUGGACAAAUGUCUGAAGUUUAUAGAGGAGCAUGGUCUGAAAGAGGAAGGUGUAUACAGGCUAGCUGCUACACAUUCCAAGGUUGACGCACUCCUACAUACAUUUGCUAAAGAUGCUCAUGCUGUGAAGCUGGCGAUGGGCACACACUCAGUCCAUGAUGUGGCCAACGCCCUUAAACGUUUCUUUAGGAACCUCCAGGAACCACUUCUUAUGUCACAUCUUUAUAACACCUGGAUAGAGAAAAGUUUAGAGAAAGAUGUUGCAGGUAAGAUCUCAGCAACACAGACCAAGUUAGACUGGUAUCACUACUACAUACGAGAACUACCCACGGUACAUAGUCGAACACUUCGACGACUCGUCAUACACCUGGACAAAUUGUCACGUUAUAGUGAUGACAACAAGAUGACUGUGAAAAACAUAGCUGCAUCAUUCGGAUCGACGUUGAUGAAGGCAGACAUUGACACUGGCAGUACUUCAAUACUGCAAGGUGCGGAGGGAGGACAGAACAUUCCUCAUGAGAUGCGAGUGAUAGAUGACAUCAUUACUCACCAUGAACAGCUGUUUGAGUUGGAGAAGGCAAAGGAAGAUCAGAUCAGGGAUGGAGAGAGACGCCUUAGGGAUCUACAAGAACGUGCCAGCAAAAGGAGUGAACUCAACAGUUAUAAAGAGCAAAGUUCCUAUGGUGACCCUAUGAUGGUUUCUGUACACUUCCUCAUCCAUAAUGGACAGAGUGAAAGUGUCCAUCUUAAACAUAACACAACACCAGAAGAUGUGAUUGGGCCUCUACUUACCAAAUUCAAAAUGCAAGCAUCCUCUACCAACUAUGCUCUCCAUGAGAUGGUGUGUAAUGGGUCUGUGGAACGACUGCUGUACCCCCAAGAGAACCUGUAUAAGGUUGUGAUGUCGUGGGCAGACUGGUCGAGUGAAUACAGCAGAACUGCAUGUCUGUGUCUGAAACCUUCAGAACUUGCUCACAAGCUGGAAAGCAGUUUUCAACCAGGGAGAGGACCAUUUAUGGAGCUCAAGUUCAGCAAGAAAGACAAAAGUUUCAGCAAGUUUAAUUUUCAGUUCAUAGCUAGCAAGCUGACUUACAGUAAGAUUUCAAGGCCAUUUCAGAUGUCUCAGAGGGCAAUAAAUUCCUGGAAUGUAGAAGAUCUAAGCAUCUAUAUUGGUGCCGAUCCAGAGCGCAAGGCAGCCAAAUUCCCAGUCACGUUCAUGAAGAAAGGAGACAAAGUGGGUUCUAAGGAGAUGUCUUGCUUUGGCCACACACUAAGUUUUGGAUCUGAGAAAGACCAGUUGGAAUGGGCGGCCACCAUGGUCAAGGCGCAGAAUCCUGGACCCCUGACAAUAUAAGAUUACAAAUCUGUGAGUGGAGCCAAUGAGUCAAUCUGUACCAGAGAGCAAUUCUAACAUCACAUACCCCUAAACUUUGACCUUGACUUUCAUUCAUCGCAGGAUUUCCAAUCUAUAUGGAAGACAGGUCUUUGUGUGCUCAGAAGGAGAAGCUGUGAUGACAGGAACAUGACUCUCUUUGUGUGUUCAAAAGGAAAGGCUGUGAUAACAGGAAUACCAUUUUAUUUGGAGGACAGGACCUGGACAGGACAGGACCGAUCACAGGAACGCCAUUCUCCCCUUCUAGGACAGGUCAUUGUGUGCUCAGUAGGGAAGGCUGUGAUCCCAGGAACAAGAUUCUCUUUGGAGGAUAGGUCUUUGUGUGCUCAGAAGGAAAAUCUUGAGAUCACAGGAAUGCCAUACUCCCCUUCAAGAACAGGUCUUUGUGUGCUCAGUAGGAAAGGCUGUAAUAACAGAAACAUGAUUCUCUUAGAGGACAGUUCUUUGUGUGCUCAGAAGAAAAGGCUGUGAUCACGGGAAUGCCACUCUCUUAGGAGGACAGUUCUUUGUGUGCUCAGAAGGAAAGUCUGUGAUAACAGGAAGGCCACUUUCUUCGGAAGACAGGUCUUUGUGUGUUCAGUAGGAGAGGAUUUCAGCAGGAAUGCCAUUCUAUAGUGAAGAUUUGUCUGUGUCCAAUUCAUUGAAACCAAUACAUUGGUGAGGAAAGGAGAGAGCAGAAAAGCUUCCUUUUUUCAUUAUUCCUUGAAGGUCGGUCUUGUUGUACUUGUCCCUACAAAAGGACAAACCAACACUAUGUGCAAUAUUAGAAGACUGGUGUCUGUGAGUGAUCACUGUGAACAUAGACUCGAUUUGUUGUGAAAAUUCAUCGCCAGAUGUAUAUAGCCCUGCCUUCUGUAUGUUAUGUAAUGUUAUGAAUUACCAACGCGUGAAACUUAAUCUUGGAACAUCAUUCUCCAAUUAUAUGUCUUUUAUGUAGGUCACAUCCAUUGCAUGUAUGUCAAAUUUUAUAUGUAUUUAGGUCAGAUUGUCUGAUAUAGGUCAGAUAUGAAGGAAGCCACCUCAUUGUCUGUAGACAACAUCCACUUCUGUGUUUUCUGUGUGAGUUACUAGUGGUAUCACCUGUAUUAUCAUACUUAUUGUCCGCCAGCCAUAGACAAAUACCCAUGUGCAUGGGGAUAAGUAUUAACUCGUGAGUAUAUGGCCCUGCCGUAAGUCAUUGUAAGUCAUGGCCUAUAAUAACUCAUAGUCAGACGUGACCCUACAGUAACUCAUAGUAAGUCGUGGCCAUACAGUAACUGGUAGUAAGUCGUAGCCCUGCAGUAACUCGUAGUAGGUCGUAGCCCUGCAGUAACUGGUAGUAAGUCGUAGCCCUGCAGUAACUCGUAGUAGGUCGUAGCCCUGCAGUAACUGGUAGCAAGUCGUAGCCCUGCAGUAACUCGUAGUAAGUCGUAGCCCUGCAGUAACUCGUUGUAAGUCAUGGCCUAUAGUAACUCAUAGUAAGUCGUGACCCUGCAGUAACUCGUAGUAAGCUGUGACCCUACAGUAACUCGUAGUAAGCUGUGACCCUACAGUAACUCGUAGUCAGACGUGACCCUACAGUUACUCGUAGUAAGCUGUGACCCUACAGUUACUCGUAGUAAGUCGUGACCCUACAGUUACUCGUAGUAAGUCGUGACCCUACAGUAACUCGUAGUAAGCUGUGACCCUACAGUUACUCGUAGUAAGUCGUGACCCUACAGUAACUCGUAGUAAGUCGUGACCCUACAGUAUCUCGUAGUAAGCUGUGACCCUACAGUAUCUCGUAGUAAGCUGUGACCCUACAGUAACUCGUAGUAAGUCGUGACCCUACAGUUACUCGUAGUAAGCUGUGACCCUACAGUUACUCGUAGUAAGCUGUGACCCUACAGUAACUCGUAGUAAGUCGUGACCCUACAGUAUCUCGUAGUAAGCUGUGACCCUACAGUUACUCGUAGUAAGCUGUGACCCUACAGUUACUCGUAGUAAGUCGUGACCCUACAGUUACUCGUAGUAAGCUGUGACCCUACAGUAACUCGUAGUAAGUCGUGACCCUACAGUAACUCGUAGUAAGUCGUGACCCUACAGUAUCUCGUAGUAAGCUGUGACCCUACAGUUACUCGUAGUAAGCUGUGACCCUACAGUUACUCGUAGUAAGCUGUGACCCUACAGUAACUCGUAGUAAGUCGUGACCCUACAGUUACUCGUAGUAAGUCGUGACCCUACAGUAACUCGUAGUAAGCUGUGACCCUACAGUUACUCGUAGUAAGUCGUGACCCUACAGUAACUCGUAGUAAGUCGUGACCCUACAGUAACUCGUAGUAAGUCGUGACCCUACAGUAACUCGUAGUAAGCUGUGACCCUACAGUAACUCGUAGUCAUUAUCUUCUCUACAUUCUUGAUUCAGUUGUUGAAUGUAGCUAGACUCUUAUUUAGCUUGCCGAGACAAAGUCAUGGAUAGCUAAGUUUUUAUAAAGCAGUGUUGUGUUAAUACUAAUGAGCAUACAGCUUAGGUAAUUGACAUGUGUGUUCCUUACAACAAAACUUUCCAUUUGUACUACAUUUGCAGUUAUGAUGUCCUUGACUGUAACCUUUGACAUACUUUUAAAGUCUUAGUCUGAGUUUCAACCAACUCUGCGAGCUAUGUCGUUUCUGGCAACUCUUGUAAAGAAGUCAUAAUGAGUAAACAUGUUUUGUCAUGCAGAAAGAUGAUUUAGAGCAAACUUGUUUAAGUUGUGAUGUGAAAUUUUGACUAUAUUUUUGUAUAGACACAUGUAUUUGUUUAUAAUUUAUGAAAUUUUGCAUAAUGAUGUAAUAACUGUGAUCUUAUAAUGUAGAUUGUUGAAUAUUGAAUGAUUGACUUGUAAGGAAAUUAUUAAGUACAUAAUGUGAAUGUUGUUUAUUAUAAAGUCUGAGAUUGCAUUGGUCAUAAUUAAUAUAACUUAUCUGAAAAAUCAGAUACAGUGUACAUACAUAGAAUAAAGCUACCCAUCAAUAACAGAAGGCAGGAGCAUUAAUGAAGCUUACAAUCUUCUUUUAGACAACUGCUUCAUGAAAAACUAUUGUUAAAAUAUCUGAUUACAAUUGAUUUAGCCAAAGAAUCAGCUGUUGGUGACAUAUCUGUAUAAGUAUACAGUAUAGCUGUGAGGAUGUCUGGUGCUUUUACUUGUCGUUGAAUCUAUUUUUCUAAGACAUUUUCAUGAGAGUAUUUUUUUCUCCUCAACCUCUCAAUCAUGGUGUCUUUUUACAUAGAAUUACCUGUAUGAAUAAGUUUAAUGAAUUACAAACUUGACAUUUUUCAGCAUAAUUUGUGUUGAACUUUUUUUAAGAUGUUACAAUUUUUUUUUUAUUUUCCCAAAGAUGUACAUGUAUUUUUAUAUGCAAAGUGCUUUUUAACAUAAUACAUUCCAAAAAUGAUCUUUGAACUAGGAUAUUCAUAUCUACGGUUCUGGACCACACAUUGGUUUAACUUACAUUGCAUGACAUUGAGUUUGGUUCUUACAUUAUACAGUUAUUGACUAGAGAUGAGUACAGCAGCUGCUUUGUUAACCCCAAAUACAAAACUGUUGUGUUCUUAUAGCUAUAUAUAGCUUCAGGGUAAAUUAUAUUUUUGUACUGAUAGUUACAAAUUUUGGGUAUUACAGAUAUCGUAUAUUUUAUGAUGUCUCCUUGGUAUAGACAGGGUGGUUGGGCGAGACAGCGGUGACACUCGCCUUUCACCUAUAUAUAGGCGGCCGGGGUCCAAUUCCCUGGCCGCGGUGGCCAAGUGGUUAAGGUGUCCCGACACUUUAACACUAGCCCUCCACCUUUGGGUUGCGAGUUCGAAACCUACGUGGGGCAGUUGCCAGGUA